CUCUACUUCUGGCUUACGAAUGUCCUUUUGUUUGCACCGACUAGCUUCCUGUUUUGGGACUUUUGUUCUGGGCUGGUUGUGUGACGUCACAAGGCGGCGCCACGCUGCUGCGUUUCGACUGAAGAGAGAGAAGCGAAUGAGAUCCAUGUGACACACUGUUGUAAAGAUGGCGGUUUUUAAAGUGGAGAGUGAAGACAUGAGGAUUGAGGAAUCGUUCAGAGUCAAACACGAGGAGGCCGAGGAACAAACAGAAGCUCCAAAGUCUUGUCCAGCCAAACUUCGUAUCAUUCUUCAAGACCAUGACAUUCGCAAACUGGACUUGCCUCAGGGAAUCCCUGAGACUGUGAGUGAACUCGAGUCUAUUGUGAGGAAGACAUUUGUCCUCAAUGGGAACUUUACUUUGCAUUAUAAGGAUGCUGAUUUCGGGGAGGAAUAUUUCUCUCUUACCUCAACAAGUGACAUUAAAGACAAGGACACAAUUAAGGUGAUUCACAUUGUUGAACCUCCCACACUUACUUUGACUUUUACUGAUGUGGAGAAUUCCUUUAAAAGUGCAUCAAAGACCUGCAUCCAAACCUCUGUCCACACCUCAGUGACCGACAUCUAUCCUUCUAUCAGCAGUUCCUUUUCUGAAUCGCAGGAUACACUGAUACUUCCAUCACCUGAACACAAGACUCAGCGUUCACAACGUUGGCCUACUGAAUUCUCAGUACCUCGCUUUGCCUAUGAUACAGAACUUGUGCUUGCCGCAGGAAGUGAGGCUUUCAGGAAGGAUGGAACCCAACUCAACUUUACACCAAUCCUUCCAGACAUCCUAGAGAAAUUAGCUGAAAACAUCUUUCAGUAUGUGGCCUACCCAACAAGCGCGCAGUUAUCUGAUGUUGCUGAGGCUCUGGUUCAGAAAUAUCCCUGCCUUAAAGAACCGGGCUCAUAUAAUGGAUGCUAUGGAUGGCGACAGAGACUAAAAUAUAAAAUGGGCAACUAUAGAGCAAAACUGAGAGGCCUUGGAUGCCCCGAGCUCGAUGUUAACUCUCUCAAAAAGAAGCGAGCACAUGAAAGAGCACCUGCAAAAAAUAUUAAAAAACCAAGAAAAGCAGAGGUGAACUUUUUACCCCCUCACCCACAUGGAGAAACUGAAGAAAGCUUGGAAAAUGAAAGGGUCGAGCUCCUUAAUGAAAUAAUUAGGGGUGUGGACCAUCAAAUAAUCAGUGAAAAAAUGGCAAAGACAUUCUCUAUUCGCAGGCAGGAAAUUGUCAGUCAAGCAAGACCAUUAAAUGACUUAAAAUACAGAUGGCCUGCACUUUUUGAUCCAGCACAGAUAAACGAAGAAUUCAGAAGGAUCACCACUGUUGACCUGGAGGCAACGUUCAUGGCAAAACUGGACCAGUACUCUCCUAAAUUAAUGUCCUUGGUGUUCUCAAGGGGACGGUCUUCAAAAAUCAGUAUUCAGCAUAUUAAGAACAUGCUACUAGAGGAUUAUUCUUUGGAAAGAAGGAGAGAGGCUGCUAUCCGUUCCUUAGUGGUGUAUUUCAGAGAAAACGAGGAAGAGCUGUUUAAAGAACAUUCGGAUUACGGGGAUAUUUCCAAUGAAGUGAUGAAGAUUAUUAUAACUAGAGGUUCCACAAUAUCAGAACCAGCCACUGCAAGAAUUGUGAUUGAGGGAACAGUAGUCCAGCAAGACCUGGACGUACCCAGGGCCUGUGCAUUGCUAAUGGGACUAAUAUAUGCACUCAACCUCAGCUACCCAAAAGAACUGAAAAACACUUUUGAGGCAUUUCAAAAGAUCUUUCUUGAGCUGGAUGAUAUGAAAUCUUGCCCAAAGGUAAUAUCUCUAAAAAACAAAUUGUUGUACUAAAAGUGUGAGAAAUUAGGCUGUUGUCAUCAAAUUUAGAUUUGAUGUGAAGAAGUUAAGUUGUGCAUACAAUUACAGCAUCUGUGCUCUUGAAAGUUGGCAGUUAAAAAAAAACUGAAAACUAAAACAACAGCCCAAGCAAGAAUGGCAUUAGUGUUAGCUAGGAUGUACACAAGUGAACUGCCAAUGAGUGUUGUUGAAAUUUCUCAUGUUUUCUUUGUUCUUUUUGAAAGUAAAACCACAUUUACUUAGAAAAUAACUUUGAAAAACAUCUUUUAUUUCAUGAUUGCUUUUGGCAACACUAAAUCUGUGGAUACUCCUUUUCAUCUAAAUUGUGAAGCGCUGUAUGCAGUCCUCCAAAAUCCACCAUCAGAAAACUCCUGCUAAGAGCCUGCAAACCUUUGAUGAUUACCAAAUUAUUUGGACCAAAAAAAAAGUUGCCACUACUUUUAUAUUAAACAGUUGUUAAUACUGGAAUUGUAAUGUCUUAUUUGUUUCUACUGAAGUGAAAUAAAUAAGCAGUACUCAGAAAAUAAUGUAACAUUUUGCAUGGACAUGACUGAGUCAAAUCUAAAACUGUAUACACGCAUCCUGAAAAAUUGGUUGCUCUCUACAAGAACGGGUCAUAAUUUUUUCCCAACAAAGAUCAUGUCAUUUUAGUUUUUAUCACAAAAUGGCGGAAGACAGUAACUCUGGGAGAAGAAUUGAGUAAAUUGUUUUCUUUGUACACAAAAGUAUUCUUAUAGCUUCAGAAAAUUACAGUUGAACCACUGAUGUCACAUGUCCUUGCUAUGUUUCUGGACCUGGGAACAUUGUGGUUGCAUUGCUGUCUAUGAAGGGACCGAGAGCUCUCAGAUUUUAUACAAUAAAAAAAUAUAUAUAUAUAUUUAUGUUCUGAAGAGAUUUACUCUUCAGUCAGUACAAUAUCCACAUUUAUCUGUCAACACUUGACCUAAUGUCAGUCAACCUCCUGAAGUCCUUUAACAUCAGCCCUUAGUUUUCACAUUUACUGAAUGUGGAGUUUAUUACACAUCACACAGUUUUCACCAUUUGUAAAAUGAGGCACCGUAAAAUCAAGCUUCCAUGUUCACCAUAUUUAUUGACCUCUAUGUAUAUGUGUUGCUCUUUUGUUUGGAUGUAAAUAAAACCACCACUUCGAGAGGAAGUGAGAACCUUGUAACUGUUAAGCAAUGUUGGAACAAUUGUGUUUUGGGAAUAACCUAUAACAAGUUUUGAGCAAUACAUUUUUUCUUCCAUGUGUGCUGCGCUAUAAGUCAUCCAUAGUCUGCCUCAUGAAACCAACAGUAGACAAUAGUAACUAACAACUACUAAUGAACACUAUGAAUAGAUAAAGUGCAAUAAAAUGAAGAAUUAAAGUGAAAA